UGUGAGUAUAAUUUUCUCUGUGCUAUAAUACGGAAGCCUGUUACUGUGUAUAGAUUGUACUCUGGGAUUAGCAGAAAUGAAAUAAACGUCUUCAAUAACAACAGAUCAUUACUCCCAUUUCAAUCCGUGCAUUGUAUGACUGAGAAACUGAUUUCUUACAGAUGGAGUACCAUAUCAACGACGGAAGAGAAACUGCCACUAAUUACACAAGAACCAAGGAGUGUAAUGUCCAGAAAACCAAUGCCAAAAGAGCAGAAGGCGGCGAGGGACAUUGCCAAAAUUGAGGCAGGAAAUAUUGCCAUUCUAGAAAAACUGGCUUCAAUAAUGACUCCACGUGUAGGUGGUGCCACAUGGAACAGCUAUAACUUGAAGAGCCUGAGUGCAUCUAAAUACCCUACCAGGAUGCCAAAAAUUGCACCGACUAGGAAUGUAGUAAAUCAGAGUAGCAACCGUCCAAGGGACUUGAAGCUGAAGGAAGUCCCUAUGAGAAAGGAGAGCAUUGAAGCAGCCAAUCUUCUCAUGCUAGAAAGACUAGCUAAGGUAAUGGCUCCUACUCCAGGUGGACCAAGUUGGAAGGACUAUGAAUCAAAAAUUUAUGGAGCAAAUCACCGAUCAACAGGGCUUCCUAGCAUUCCCAAGGACAAGGGUGGAAUGAAACAGAAGAAACAGAAAUAUAGCACAAGCGACCAGAAUGAUAACUGGAAGGACAUAAACCAAAAGCUUCCUCCUGUCUCUUCAAACAAUAAGAAAAAUGAGAACUGAGAGACCACCAUUAAGGAUUUGAUAAGAAGCUGGAGUGAUAGUUCAGUGACAUCUGCUAUUUGAAGUGCUCUGUUGAUAAACUGUGUUGA